AGGGUGAUCAUGAUAUGGUUAUGUCGCAGAAUCCUUCGGAUGCAGGAGAUAUGGAAGAUUUGAUCCCAAUGAUUGAUGCACUUCAGAUUUAUGGCCUCGAAAACUUGGGGGUUAUCAAUUUGAAUGUCAUUGAAGGUGAUACCAUUGUCCCUACAAAAGAUGAGAUAGUCAUAGUAGGCCUCAAUAGAAGCUUUCACUUUGGAGUUGGACGAAAUGUUUCGUGUGUGAUGGGAGGUCAUGUGGCCCUUAUGGUCGCGCACCAAAAAGCCAAAAUUAUGAGAGAGGCCUCUUUGGGUGUGAGCGACAUUAAGGGUUCGAUGGUUUGUCCGAGGAGGGAUCCACGACACUACUUUCGGUCUGCUUCUAGUGGGCUUAAUAGGACUCUGAAUAUCCUUGAGGGAACUGAUUUCCCGUCAGAUAUUGUAUAUGGCCUCAGAGUAAUCAGGGGAGAUAUCUUCAUAUAGGGUGCUGUUUCUCAACUUCCAGAGAUUCCAAAGAAUGACAAUGUAAGUAAAAAAGGAUUUGUGACGUGUCCAGUUAAGGAUGAUAUCCUUAACAUUGCCAUCCAAACAGUGACUCUGCAAGUCAAAGUAUCUCCAAAUAGGAGCGUGGGAGGGACAACGCAGAAAGAAAUGUUCGAUGGAAACAUCGUGGUUGCAAUGUGGACACUUAAAAGGACCAUAAAAGCCCAUUCUCUGGAGGGAGUCAGCAUACACAAUAAGAUUAUUGGAAAUCCUCCAAAGGAAGAAAGAAAUCUUUUUAGGGAUGUAGUAUAUUUUUUUAAAAAAAUGUACACUUAUAUAUUGAGCGGGGUAGGGCGGGACAACACGGGUCAAUAUUAAGAUCCGGCCCGCCCCACUGUAUGAGCGGGGCGGGACGGACCCGCCCCAUUUGCAAGACGGCGUGGAGUGGACCCGCCCCAAAUAUCUCGGGCCAGG